GCACAUUUCCUUUCGGCGUGUGUGUGUUAACGGUAACACUCAAGUUGAAGUACUCAUUUCGUACCACCAAUUUUCUUAUUUAACCACAGUAACGUUAAAAUUCGUGUCAUUUUUACUUACCCGUCGUUAGAUAGUGCAAUAUUAGGCACGAUGAUGAUCUUGCAUGCAAUUUUUUGUUCCCUGUUUUUAUUUGAACUUAUAAAUGCAGAUGCCGGUGUUAAAGAAGAAGCCAAAGUGGAAACUGAUGAAGAAGUUUUAGUACUGAAUAAAAAUAAUUUUGAUAAUGUAAUCUCAUCGAAUCAGUUUGUGCUUGUUGAGUUCUAUGCACCAUGGUGUGGACAUUGCAAAACAUUGGCUCCUGAGUAUGCAAGUGCUGCCAAAGAGUUGAAAGCCAGUGGAUCCAUUAAAUUAGCAAAGGUAGAUGCUACAUUAGAAGAAAAAUUAGCUGAACAGUUUGGAGUUCGUGGUUACCCAACAUUGAAAUUCUUUAAAAAUGGCAAUCCAAUUGAUUAUACUGGAGGAAGAACUAAAGAUCUUAUAAUUCAAUGGGUUACUAAGAAAUCAGGAGCAGCAGCCAAAACUUUAUCAUCAGAAGAAGAACAAAAAGAAUUUAUUAGCAGCCAAGAUGUUGUUGUUAUUGGAUACUUUGAAAAUACUGAAUCUGAAGCAGCAAAAUUAUUUAACGAUAUUGCUGAUUCUAUUGAUGAACAUCAAUUUGGUUUUGUGUCUGAUUACUCUAAAUUCCCUAAUCUUAAACAUAAAGAAAAAUUAGUUCUUUAUAAAAAUUUUGAUGAAAAAGAAGUUGUGUUUGACCAAGAUCUUAAGAAUAUUGAAGAUGUGAAGAAAUUCGUUUUUGUUCAUUCCUUACCACCAGUAAUUGAAUUUAAUCAAGAAACUGCUCAAAAAAUAUUUGGUGGUCAAAUUAAGAGUCACUUAUUAAUCUUUAUGUCCAAAAAAGAAGGCCAUUUUGAUAAAUAUAUAGAAGAUAUUAAGCCUGUAGCUUCUGAAUUUAGAGGAAAGAUUGUAUUCGUUUCUAUCAAUGCUGAUGAAGAAGAACAUGGAAGAAUUUUAGAAUUCUUUGGUAUGAAGAAAAGUGAAGUUCCUAGCAUGAGAGCUAUAAAACUUGAAGAUGACAUGACAAAGUACAAACCAGAAUCCCCAGAAUUAUCUAGUGAUAAUGUUAGGAAGUUUGUCUCAGAUUUUGUAGCUGGAAAAGUUAAGCAACAUCUUCUAUCUGAGGACUUACCUGAAGAUUGGAACAAAACACCAGUUUGGACAUUGACUGCUUCAAACUUUGAUGAAGUAGCCUUAGACAAAUCUAAAAAUGUUCUUGUAGAAUUUUAUGCUCCAUGGUGUGGACACUGUAAACAACUUGUUCCAAUUUAUGAAAAAAUUGGUGAAUACUUUGGUGAAAAUGAUGAUAUUGUGAUUGCUAAGAUGGAUGCUACUCUAAAUGAACUCGAACAUACCAAAAUUUCAAGUUUCCCUACUCUUACAUUAUAUCCUAAAGGGGAAAAUGUUGAAGCUAUUGAAUACAAAGGAGAAAGAACACAAGAUGCCAUUAUCAAGUUUAUUGAGUCUGGUGGAAAACAAGAAAAAUCAGCUUCAUCGGUAAUUAGUGAAGAAGAUGAUGAUGAUGAUGAUGAUGAUGAUGAUGAUAUUUUAGGCAAAAAAGAUGAGUUGUAAGCAACAACGAUAUAUAAUAAUAUUUUUAUUUUGUUGCUGAAUAUGAUUUCAGUAACAUGCUUUAAAUAUUUGGUUGAUUUUGACCAAUUAACUGGUAUACAUUUUCAGUUUUAUGCUUAUGUGUACAUAUUUCUAUUUCAUAAAAAUUUCAUUUAUUGUUUAAAAAAUAAAAAUAAUAAUAUUAUCCCUCCAUUUGUAUACUUUUUCAAGACUGUCAAAAAAAGUAGUUUUUAAAAAAUUAAAAAUUAAAUUUUUGUCCUAAUUUGGUGAAGUUUAUGUUUUUCAGUAUAAUUUUGAUAUCUAAAUAAAAUUCUUAAAACUUCGAAGUGAUUUUUCUAAGUUAGUAUAUUGUUAAUAAUUUUUUUAAGUUAAAGUUACAUAAGUUUAUGUAUAAAAUUAUGUUUUAAAUUAUUUAAAAUUAUAUUAUAACUUCCAAACGUAAAUUAAUAUGAGAUUUUUAGUUAUAAUUUUAUGUGAUUUAAAAAUCGAAAAAUUUAAUUAUAAAUAAUUCUCAACUGAUAGUUAUUCAUAGGUUGUGAAUUAAUAAUUACUAUAUAUUAUAACAAAUUAUUAUUAUUAAUAUUAUUAUUUUUAUUAAAUAUUUUAAUCUGUUUAUAAAAUUUGUUUACUACAAUAUUAAUCUUAUCUAAAUAAUAAAUUUCUUGUUGUUCUAUCAUUAAAAAAUACAAUAGAUCUGAUUUUUUUGUAGAGACUUUAAUUGUCCUUAUUUUAUUAAUAUUGUAACAUGUAAAUUAUAUAUUGCUAGGACAUCAUAUUAUAUAAAUACAUGCUUUUUAAUAUUAUUAAUUUUCAUAAAAUUGUAUAAAAUUGAAGAAAAUGGCGUUUAAUAAUAUGGGUACAAUUGAUUUCAAUACUUGAUAUAGAUAAUAAUAUUAUAGUAAUGUUUUAACAUCACAAAAAAAUUGUUUUAUGGUUUGUUAAAAUGUUAUUUUCAUUUAAUUUAUAAAUAAAUUCUAAUUUAAUAUUA